AUGGCGCCCUCUGAGUCUGAUACCCCCGCAAAGCCUACUCACCAAGCCACCACCAAUAUGAUCUCUGAUGGUGCUGAUGCUGGUGCUCAGGUCGAUGCUAAAGCUGGUUCUACUUCCGACGCUGAGUGGUCAACCUUGACCAUCGGCGAGAAGAUCGCCGCUAUAAACGCUCGAAACAAAGCCUUUGCCGAUGCCCGCAAAGCCAAACCCGAGAGCAAAACCACUGCUGAGCCAGGACCCAUCGACGAGAAUGACCGUGGGACCUUCAAGAUGCUCGAUGAACGCAUGGCUGCACUCAAGCUGCAGGUUGAGGCUCUCAAGAAGGAUUCCUCUGAGAUGAGAGACGACGCUGGCAAGCCUGAUGAUUCGGGAGACCAAGUUUGA